UCUAUAUAUACUACUUCAUGCACCUACUGACCUACAUAACCAUAAAGCCAUUAGUUCUCUGAUCACCCAAUUCCUUUCUGCCAUCUACCAACAAUCUAUAUCCUCGCAUGCAACUUAUAAAAGUCAUGAUGUCCUUAAUAGAGAGAUCGAUUUCCCAUUGCCUAUUCACCGCGCCUUUCAUUAUCAUUCUUGCCUUGGCUUCUUCUUCUUUCCAUGUUGCUAUUUCUUCUUCCCCUGCAACUUCACCUUCCAAUAUAGUAACAAUGAUGGGACGAGAAGCAGAGGCUCUUUUGGAAUGGAAAGCCAACCUUGACAACCAAAGCCAGUUUCGGUUGUCUUCUUGGGUUGGAAACAUCACUUGCCAUUGGGUUGGAAUUUCUUGCAACAACUUUAGCAGCAUCUCUCAUGUCAACCUCCCAGGUGCUGGUUUAAAAGGUACACUCCACACUUUCAGCUUCUCAUUCUUACACAAUCUCAUAAGUCUUAAUCUCAGCAACAAUUUACUCUAUGGUACCAUUCCUUCCCAAUUGGGAAACCUUUCUAAGCUGAUAUACCUUGAUUUAUCUACCAACCAACUCUCUGGAAGAAUUCCAUGUGAAAUAAGCCAACUGACAAGCCUUCGUAUAUUAGAUCUUCAUGAAAAUUACAUCACCGGAUCUAUUCCUCAUCAAAUUGGAAAGUUACACUUGCUCAAUGAGCUAAAUUUGUCUAGUAACAGUCUCACAGGUUCAAUCCCUGUAGCAAUUGGAAACUUGAGCAACUUAAUUACUCUGCGUCUUUAUCAUAACAAACUUUCCGGGUCUAUUCCUCAAGAACUUGGAAAGCUAACAUCUCUUGCUUGGCUUAAUCUAUGUAAAAACAAUCUCUCAAGUUUCAUUCCUACUUCUAUAGGAAACUUAAGCAACUUGAGUGUUUUAUACCUCAACAAUAACACACUUUCUGGGCCCAUACCUAAAGAAAUUGGAAAGUUGGGAUUUCUUAGUAAGUUUUCUUUGUACGUGAACAAUCUCUCUGGUCCAAUACCUGCUUCUAUAGGAAACUUGAGCAACUUGUCUACUCUUUAUCUAUGGGAGAACAAUCUUUGUGGAUCUAUCCCUUCUUCUAUAGGAAACUUGAGCAAUUUAGCCAAUUUAGACCUUAGCGACAACAAACUUUCUGGAUCCAUUUGUCAUGAAAUUGGGAUGUUGGGAUCUCUUGCUUGGCUUAAUUUGUAUAAAAACAAUCUCUCAGGUAUAAUUCCUACUUCUAUAGGAAACUUAAGCAACCUGAGUGUUUUACGCCUCAGCAAUAACACACUUUCUGGACCCAUACCUGAAGAAAUUGGAAAGUUGGGAUUUCUUAGUGAUCUUGCUCUGUACAUGAACAAUCUCUCUGGUCCAAUACCUGCUUCUAUAGGAAACUUGAGCAACUUGUCUACUCUUUAUCUAUGGGAGAACAAUCUUUGUGGAUCUAUCCCUUCUUCUAUAGGAAACUUGAGCAAUUUAGCCAAUUUAGACCUUAGCGACAACAAACUUUCUGGAUCCAUUUGUCAUGAAAUUGGGAUGUUGGGAUCUCUUGCUUGGCUUAAUUUGUAUAAAAACAAUCUCUCAGGUAUAAUUCCUACUUCUAUAGGAAACUUAAGCAACCUGAGUGUUUUACGCCUCAGCAAUAACACACUUUCUGGACCCAUACCUGAAGAAAUUGGAAAGUUGGGAUUUCUUAGUGAUCUUGCUCUGUACAUGAACAAUCUCUCUGGUCCAAUACCUGCUUCUAUAGGAAACUUGAGCAACUUGUCUACUCUUUAUCUAUGGGAGAACAAUCUUUAUGGAUCUAUCCCUUCUUCCAUAGGAAACUUGGGAAAUUUAGCCAAUUUAGGACUUAACGAAAACAAACUUUCUGGACCCAUACCUGAAGAAAUUGGAAAGUUGGGCUUUCUUAGUUAUCUUGCUCUAUUCAUGAACGAUCUCACUGGUUCAAUCCCUGCUUCAAUUGGGAACUUGACAAAGCUCACUAAAUUGAUUUUGUACAUGAAUAAAUUAUCAGGCUAUAUCCCACCAGAAAUAGGAAGGCUCAAACUUCUUACCUCUUUAAAGUUGUUUACGAAUGAGCUUAAUGGCUCCAUCUCAUUCGAAUUUAAUAAUCUUACAAAUCUGCAGUCUUUGGGAUUGCAUGAAAACAUGUUGACUGGUUAUCUUCCACGAAAUGUGUGUAAUGGUGGGUCCCUUCAAAACUUCACAGCAUUUGACAAUAAUUUCAUAGGUUCCAUUCCAACAAGUUUGAGAAAUUGCACUAGCUUAGUACGAGUAAGGCUUGAGAGGAACCAGUUAAGAGGAAAUUUAUCAGAAGACUUUGGAUUAUACCCAAAUUUGACGUAUAUUGAUUUGAGUCAUAAUCAUUUCUAUGGGGAACUUUCUCAAAAGUGGGGGCAGUGCCAAAGUCUGCAAAGCUUAAAAAUCUCCAAUAAUAGAAUUUCUGGUGUAAUACCUCUUGAGCUUGGAAGAUCCAUCCAGCUAAAUUUGCUUGAUCUCUCCUUCAAUCAUAUAGUUGGGCAGAUUCCAAAGGAAUUAGGAAGGUUGACGCCAUUGUUUCUACUUAAUCUGGGUGAUAAUAAACUUUCAGGUAGUAUUCCAUUGGAAAUUGGAAUGCUAUCCAAUCUACAAUAUCUUGUUCUCUCAGCCAACAAUUUAACUGGAUCAAUUCCUAAACAAAUAGAAGGGUGCUCAAUGUUGUUGAACUUAAGUUUAAGCAAAAAUAAACUUAGGGGGGCUAUUCCCUCUGAGAUUGGAAACUUAAACUCUCUUGAAAUACUUGAUUUAAGUGAGAAUUCACUUAUCGGGAAAAUACCCCCUCAACUUGGAGAUAUGAAAAGGUUAGAAACAAUGAAUCUCUCCCACAAUGAUCUGUCUGGCUCCAUUCCUUACACUUUUGGUGAAAUGUCAAGCUUGAUCAGUGUUGAUAUAUCAUACAAUCGAUUGGAGGGUCCUCUUCCCAACAAUAAAGCCUUUUGUGAGGCUCCCUUUGGAGCAUUAAGAAAUAAUAGUGGUUUGAAGGCCUGCCCCUCUUCUAUUCCCCGAAGCAAGAAUUAUGGUGAGAAAAGGAAAAAUAAAGUUGUAAUUUUCUUUAUGGUUCCUAUCUUAGGCACAAUGUUUCUAUCAUUGAUUGUAUUUGGGAUUCUUUACCAUGUUCUCAAGUGCCAAGGUAAGAGGAACAAGCUAAACAAUCUAAGAGAAGCUCAAGAUGGUAAUAUGUUCGAACUUUGGAGCUAUGAUGGGAAAAUGGUGUAUGAAAGUAUCAUUGAAGCAACAGAGGGAUUCGACUCCAAGCAUUGUGUUGGAGUGGGAGGGUGUGGAAGUGUUUAUAAAGCGGAGCUACAAACAGGUCAAGUUGUUGCUGUGAAAAAAUUUCAUUCAAUACAGGAUAAUAGGAUUGCCAAUGCAAAGGCUUUUGAAAAUGAGAUUCUUGCUCUGCUAGAAAUUAGGCAUCGAAACGUAGUAAAGCUUUAUGGCUUCUGCUCACAUCCACGACACUCAUUUUUAGUUUAUGAGUUUUUAGAAGGGGGAAGCUUGAAAGAGAUAUUGAGCAAUAAAAAAGAGGUAGUUAAUUUUGAAUGGGUCAAAAGGGUGAAUGUGGUAAAAGGUGUGGUUGAUGCUUUAUCCUACAUGCAUCAUGAUUGCUCACCUCCGAUAGUUCACCGAGACAUAUCAAGCAAGAACAUCAUGUUGGAUUUGGAGUAUAAGGCCUACAUCUCGGAUUUUGGCACAGCUAAGUUUUUAAAUCCUGACUCAUUGAAUCAAACUUCAUUUGUCGGAACAUUUGGAUACACAGCUCCAGAACUUGCAUAUACGAUGAAAGGGAAUGAGAAAUGCGAUGUUUAUAGCUUUGGAGUGGUGACACUGGAAGUGAUCAUGGGAAAGCAUCCAGGAGAUCUCAUCUCACUUCUCUCAUCAUCAUCUUCAUCAUCAACAACAACUUCAACUGCCCAUGGUAUACUAUUGAAGGAUGUGUUGGAUCAACGACUUGAACCUCCUAGAAAUCAAGUCGCAAGGAUGGUGGUGUCUGUUGCAAAGCUUGCAUUUGCGUGCUUGGAAACUAAUCCUCAAUCUCGUCCAACCAUGCAGCGAAUUUCCCGGGAGCUAUCUAUCGAAAGAUCACCUCUGUCAGAGAUGUUUGACGAGAUUACCUUGGGACAAUUGUUGGUGUGAUCAUGCUCAAGUGUAUUCC